AUGGCCAAGGGCAUGAGCCAGUGCAGGGCAUGUCUCUUAGGAGCUGCAGGGAGCCCUGAUGCGCGCAAGGUGUCGGUGCGGCAGCCGAAGAAGCAGCUGGGGGCGCUGGUGAAUCCGGCCGAGGUGGAGAUCAACAAGGAGGCCAAGGACGCGUCGGACAAGAACGCGGAGGACAUGCGGAGUCUGCUCUACAAAACGAACAAUGUCAACCUGCUGCAGUGUGUCAUCAACCACAAGUCCUUCUCCCAGUCUGUGGAGAACCUGUUCGCGCUGUCCUUCCUGGUGAGGGAUGGGCGGGUGGUGCUGUCCAAGGCGGACGGUGGGGGCUACAUGGUGAAGGGGGUGACAGACGACGAGUCCAACCGCCUGUGCAAGAACAAGGAGCGCACGCAGGCCAUCUUCGGCUUUGACAUGGACACGUGGGACGACUGGUGCACGCGCUUGCGCCCCGAGGACUGCAUCAUGCCGCACAGGCCCCCGGCCGUCCUGCCCGGCGGUGAACUCGUAGCGCCGCCCGCUGAUGGGGGCGCUGGUGGGAGUGGGCGUGGGCCGCAACCCUCAAGCCGCAAGCGGGCGCCAUCCCAGAGACCACCCCCAGAAGAGGAGUCAGAGCAGGAGGAAGAUGAGGAGGAAGAUGAAGAAGCUGCUCUUGCAAGGGUUCGCAAGGGCAAGAAGAAAGUCAGGAAUGCCUGA